AUGAUUUCAUAUGUUGCUAAUGCACGUCUUGCAGUCGAUCUCGCCGUGGCCACCAAAAAGACCCUUCUCCGCAUGGAAGCAGGCUGGGAGGUCCUCGUCCUUUUGGUCACUCUUCAGCGUCCAGAGAGUUGGAUGACAAUGGAAUCGAGCUCGCGUGAUGAUACCCCACUUCCCUGCGUCGGCCUGCUCGUUUACGAAUAUUCUUUAGCAAUUCAGGAAAGCCUGCUUGAUCAAUCUUCAACCUUCCCUCAAUUUAACUGGGCAUUCAUCUCGUGUUCAGCUGUUUUCUCGCUGUUAUCAGGCAAGUUUUCAUCGGUUCCCGAAAGAGAGAAGGAGACCGACUUGUGGCCGAAGCACCAGCGCGACGUUUUCGAGAGCGUCAAGCUUCCAUCCUCUGUCAAGACGAACAUUUCACGCGAUACGAGUCGUGGACUUGACCGCUUGUGCGGCUGCGCUCGAUCGUCGUGGCACAAAGUGCGAGGUGGAUGCUUGCAUGUCGCCAGGAGUGUGUACCCGCGCAGUCAGAAGGGCGAGCUCAGCAUCUCCCCCUCGUCCAUGGUUCUCCUUGCACCCAAUUUGCACCAACUCCCAUCCGCCCACUUCGGUCUUAAGGACCAGGAUACCCGGUACCCGCAAGCGUUACCUCGAUCUCAUCAUGUCCUUGUACGCGCAAUAUCUUCCUAUAUAAUUACGACACCUUUUGUAUUUCCCUGGCUUCUCGUUGACCGCGUGGUAGAAACGAUGACGACCUACUCCCCUUGA